UUUGGCUCAGCCCCGGUGGCUGUCCCAAAAAAAACACCGGCGGCGCCGUGUCGCGCGUUGGUCACGUUGCUCGGGACGUUUUGAUCGCUGAUGGCUUCGGAGUUGGUGCGGCAACUGGGCAGUGACGAUGUGGAUGAGAUUGUGUCUGCAUGCAAGGCCCUGUCGUCCAUGAACAUUGAGUGCUCCGCCGUGGCCAAACUUUUGUCACACAAGGAGCCACGAGUGCAGGUGGCGGCCGCUGAGGCGCUGCGCAGCAUGGAAGGCGCAGAGGCCGCCAGCUCGGGGUUGGCACAGCUCCUGGGCGGUGACUGCUAUGUGCGCGUGGCGGCGGCGAAGACCUUAAAGUCUUUGGGCGCCAAGGCGCAGAGCCAGGCAGCUGCCAUUGGAAAGCUUCUAAGAGACUCCUCUCCGGGCGUGGUGGCUGCUGCAGCCUAUGUCCUUACCGGCAUGGGCCCGGCCGCCGCGGACUACGUCUCAGCCCUAGAGGCGGCUUUGGCGAACGACAAGGAAGACAUCUCCACCCACAUGUUGGCCGCUGCCGGAGUGAUGCCCAAGACCCCAGAGGUCCUCCGAAAGCCCGCCUGUGCCGCGGCCCACGCCCUCGGCGUCCUGGGAGGCCCCAGCUGUGUGGGAAAGCUCUUGGAGCUUCUGAACUCCAAAGACCCUGAAGUGAAGUCCUGUGCCAUCCAUGCCCUCACACAGAUCGGGGCGGAGACUGAUCGCCUGGAAUCGCAAUUUGUUGACCUAUUGAAGGAUCCCAAUCCUUCAGUGGUGUCAGCCGCUUGCCGUGCCUUGGGGACCAUGAACUCCACCUCGUCCUCGUCUACCGCGGCAGCAGUCGCAGAACUGCUGAGAGAUCCAAGCCCCAUGGUGAAGGCCAGUGCCGUGGACAGCAUCGCUGCCAUGGGCGACGAAGCGGAGGCCUUUCUGGACCCUUUAUGCAAACUCUUCAACGACAAGUCUUCCCAGGUGCGCUGUGCUGCGGUCAAGGCGGUGGCAGGCUGCGGGGAGCUUGGGCAGAUGUACGCGUCAGAGGUUUGCCGCUUGACGGGCAACGCGGACGCCAAGACCCGAGCGGCGGCGAUCCACGCGCUGACAGAGAUGGGUGAGCGGGGUGCAUGUUUUGACGAUGAGGUGGAGAUGUGCCUCAGCGAUCCAGACCCCUUCGUGGCCUCAGCUGCACAGAAGGCAUUGCAACACUUCCAGGGUGUGAAGAUGGCCGCGGCCGCUGCUUUGCAGGACCUGUCGAAGCCGCUGAAGCCACAGCUCGAAGCCCCCCCGGCAGCGGGUGCCAACGGCAGCACCCAGCCGCUCGCGGCGCUGCUGUUUCCGGGUCAGGGCUCUCAGUAUGUGAAAAUGCUCUCGGAGGUGAAGGACCUCCCAAGCGUGCAGGAGAUGCUAAGCACUGCGCACACGAUCUUAGGCUAUGACAUUUUGAAGCUGUGCCUGGAGGGCCCAGAAGAGACUUUGGAGCAGACCAAGCACUGUCAGCCAGCCAUGUACAUUGGCGGCUUGGCAGCCUUCGAGCUGCUCAAGAAGGAGAACCCCAAAGUGGCCGAGCAGUUUCAAGCAGUGGCGGGUCUGUCCUUGGGGGAGUACACGGCACUGACCGUGGCGGGCGUCAUGGACUUCGAGACCGGGCUGCGCUUGGUGAAGUUCCGGGGCGAAGCCAUGCAGGAAGCUGCCGAGGCAUCGCCGCAGAAGAUGAUUUCAGUCGCUGGACUCAGCCAGCAGGUUCUGGAGCAGCUUUGCAGUGAGUGCAGGUCCGGCCCGGACGACGUUUGCCAGGUCGCCAACUUCCUGUUCCCCAACGGCUUCUCCUGCGCUGGGAGCGAAAGCGCCUGUGAGAAAUUGCUCAAGAAGGCCGGGGAUACCCAAGGCUGCUUACAAGCAAAGGCCUUGAAGACCUCGGGCGCUUUCCAUACCAAGUGCAUGGCACCUGCCAGAAGUAAACUGCUCACUGCACUGAAGGAUGCCGAGUCCAAGAUGAAACCUCCCAACUGCGAGGUUUACGUCAACCUCACCGGGCAGAAGAUUCCGCCAGGCACCUCGGUGCCACGGAUCAUUGAGCUCUUAGCGGAUCAGCUCACCAAUUGCGUUCUAUGGGAGCCAGCGAUGAAGGCCAUGGUGAACGAUGGCAUCAGCGAGUUCUAUGAGUGUGGUCCCAUGAAGCAGCUGAAGGCCAUGAUGAAACGGAUCGACGGGGACGCCUGGAAGAAGACUCAAAACAUCCAUGUUUGAGCCAUGCCGAAUUGGCGAGGAUCAUGGACGCGGAACCAGCGGGUGAUGCCUCCUGCGAGCAGGUGUUCUCGCGGGUUGGGAUCCCAAGGCCUGAAAUGGGUCCGGUUUGGGUCCUAGGUCGGAACUAGCUUUGGCUAAGC